UUUUGUGUGUCGUCCGUGUUGUUGUUGCUGUUGUUGUUGUCGCAGCAGCAGCACGGCUCUGUUUCAGGCUCCUCGCCGCUCCGUCGUUGUUGUAAAAAAAUUUAAUACAACAACAAAAUUUUUUGAUUCAAUUUGAGUUGCAUUUUUACGAAAUUCAGUUGAGUUUUUAAUUCAAUCGGUAAAGGUUUAGUUUAGUUGUGUUCUAAAAAAAAUUUAUAUUUUAGCAACAGUACCUUCCUAUUAAAAUCAAAAAAAAAACACAAUAUCUAUCUACAACCCUACCCAAAGAGGACAGUGCAAUAAUUACACGCGACUCUGGCUAAUUAAAUAAAAAAAAAAAAAGUUUAUAGAAAAUUUUGAAACUUUGAAAUUUUGAAAGUUUUUUCGCUCAUCAUAGAAAGGAUUUUUGAUUUUCUUUUGAAAUUUCGGAUAAAACAAUCAUAGACCAAAACUCAAUUCAAAUAGAAAAAUAGUGAAUUUGAAAUUUGACAACAAAAAAAAAACUUUCAACACCCUGUGCUUAGAAAAUUAGAAAAUAGUUCACAUUUUUUUAAAAGGAUAUCGUGACAAAUUUAUAGAAAAAAAAAAGAAGAAAAUGACAGUAAUAGAAAAAUAACUGUGACUAGAAAAAUAAAACAAAAUACCCCAAGGAUACAUAUCUAACUUUUUUGUGUGACAAAUUUGAAAAAAGAUAAACUCACAAAAAAACCACAAAAAUCAUCAUGGACGAUACACAACAUUUUUGUCUGCGAUGGAAUAAUUACCAAAGUAGUAUCACAUCGGCAUUUGAAAAUCUUCGCGACGAUGAGGAUUUCGUUGAUGUGACAUUAGCAUGCGAUGGGCGCAGCAUUAAGGCACAUCGGGUGGUCCUAUCAGCAUGCAGUCCAUAUUUUCGUGAAUUGUUAAAAAGCACACCCUGCAAACAUCCAGUUAUUGUUUUACAAGAUGUUAAUUUUUUGGACCUUCAUUCAUUGGUUGAAUUUAUUUAUCAUGGAGAAGUAAAUGUUCAUCAAAAAUCAUUAAGUUCAUUCUUAAAAACGGCCGAAGUACUUCGAGUGUCCGGUUUAACACAACAGCAAGCAGAGGAAACACAUAGUCAAUUAGCUCAAAUCCAAAAUCUUGCUAACACCGCCGGUGGACGUACCCCCGUUAAUCAUCUUCCAUCCGUACAUGAAGAUCCUUUAUUCCCGCGAAAUACUUGCUCACCACCACCCGGUCCCCCUGGUCAUAUCAGUUCUCAAUUAUUUAGACGAGCUGCAGCAGCAGCAUCAUUACGUCGGGAUCGGAACAAUUCAACUCCGUCCGGUGUAGAUGAAUGUACAAUGAAACGACACCGACCCGAUAAUGGAAUUAUACCCAGCAAUAAUAAUAGUCCUGACAUUCGUAGUACAUCCCCACAAUUAACUCCGGCCGAUUUCUCAACGAUUAAACAUAACAACAAUAAUACACCACCGCUAAAGGACGAAAAACGAAAUGGACCCACAAAUAAUGGUAUCUCAGCAAUUGAUAAGGAACACUUUACACCAUCCCCACGUGCACGAUCAACUGAUGAUGUCAAAUCGGAACCUAUGGAAUUGGUUUGUUCCAAUAAUAAUCCAGUUAUGGAUGAACAUAGUAACGAUUCCACUGGUGAAAAUGAUGCAAAUCGAUCAAGCAGUGGUGAAUGUGGUAAAGGAUCUCUGAGCUCGGGAAAUGAUGAUGAAAUUGAAAAUAGUAUAGUACACACGCAUCAACCACCGCCAUUUCUAAUGUCACCUGCUGAUUCAAAAUUGUUUCCAACGCCUGGAUCAUUUAAUUUUUCUAUGGCAGCGUUAACAGAUCCUGCUACACUUGCAGGUUUUAAUUCACAACUUCAAUCUGCAGCUGAAAUGGCAGUCUCCCCACAAGGUGGAAGCACCAGCCUUAUCGGUGGCGUUAUAGUACCCGGUGGCAAUUCAAAUAGUAGUAACAAUAGUCACCAUCACCACCAUCAUCCCUCCCACCACCACCACCAACAACAACAACAGCAACAACAACAACAACAACCACCACCACCUCCUCAUAGCCAACAUCAUCAACAUUCUGCGCCGCAUCUUCAUUCCCACCAUAUGCACCAUCAUCAGUCGCACUCAAGCCACCACGAAUCAUCACCUCAACAUCAAGGCGUUGGCUCACAACAACAGCAACAACAACAGAUGCCUUCGUCGUCAUCUGGUUCUGUGUCUUCAUCGGGGGCAUUGCAGCAUUUACAUCAUCACAGUGCAUCACCAAUUGACUCGUUACAUCAUCAUCCAAUGCAACAUCAUAGACGUUCUUUGUCGCCUGGUGGUGUCGGACAGGGUGGACUGAGUGGACCAUCUGGAUCAUCGAUAACAUCCGCAGGUAGCAAUCGCCUACUCUUGCCAUUACCAUUGACAGCCUGUCAUCGAUGUGACGUUUGUGGUAAACUUCUUAGCACUAAAUUGACACUUAAACGUCACAAGGAACAACAGCACUUGCAGCCAUUAAAUAAUGCUGUUUGUAAUUUGUGUCAUAAGGUAUUUCGUACCCUUAAUAGUCUUAAUAACCACAAGAGCAUCUACCACCGAAGACAAAAAAAUCACCAUUCUUCGUAUUUCCAUAGCAGUAGUUUGCAUCAUUCUUUAACAAAUAGUAAUAAUAACGGUUCAGGAGGUAGUGUUGUCGGUAAUCGCGGUAGUAGUGCAGCAGAAUUAUUACUUUCACCAAUAACACAGCAACAGCACUCUCCAGGUGGCGUUGUAAAGCCAUGUAUGGAUUUCUUAUAAGAGCAACAUCACUUUCUGAGGCAACUGUUUACAGUGUGCGCCCAAAAAUUUGCCCAGUAAAAUGGAAAAUGAAAUUUUAAGAAAAAACUAAAAUAUUGUAAAAAUUAUAGAUAUCUCAAAAUUGUGUAUGCGCGCGUGUAACAAAAGGAAAAAAUCGAUUAAAAAAAGAGAAAUGCCUCAGAUAGACUGAGAUUAAUAAAACAUUAAAUACACAUACAUACUUUAUAAAAAAAAAAGUAAAAUGUUUAUGUAAAUACUAAAGAAAAACAAAAAACCAUAGAAAACUUCAUUUUCCAUUAAAUUAUUACUUAAGGGUUUCUUUUUGUGUAUGUGUUGCACUUCCGCUGUUGCUGUUUCUUAUUUUCGAUCUCUAAGAUGAAUUUUUUUUUCGUGUAAGUUGUUGAGAAUGAAUAGAGACACAAAAUUAAGUAAAAAGAUAACAAAAAUAAGAAGAAGAAAAAGAAAAAAAUAUAUUAUAUGAUAAAAUGCAAUUUUCUGUGAUUAUUAUUUUGUUAGGCUUUUAUAAAUGUAUAUUUUUGACAGCGAGUUUAAAAAAGAAAAAACAAAAAAAGAAACGACGCGACGAUUCGCAGACUGAUUUAGAUAUGAAUGUUUUUUAUUGAUAGAUUUUUUUUAUUUUUGGUUUUGGAAAUGAUCUUUUGAAGAGCUUUCCUUUUAUAUUUUCUAAAGUUCUUUGGUAGAAUGUUAAAUUAGUUGAGAGAAUAAUUUAAUUUGUCUUAAUUUUUGUUAAGCUAUUGAUCAAAACUAACAACUCGUGUGAAUUUAAAAUUACUUUAUCGACUUGUGUCUCGUUGUUACCCUCAAACUUAAAAAUGGCUGACAACAUAUUUCUUUCGUCGGUCGAUAGCGUAGUUUGUUGAGCAAUGUUUAUUGCAGAGAAUAAAAUUAGAUUCUUUUUAUUCAUUUCCUGGAUACUAAGUUGAAAUUUUCACAACAUUCUUAAAGCCAAGAUUUAAACGAGGUUAAUUCGAAAAUGUUCUCAAAAAUACAAUUGUUCUCUUAAUAUUUAUUUAUAACAAAGAACGAGUAGAACUAUUUUUUUUAGUUUAUCUUAAAUAUCCUGCCCUUCAUAUCCUAAGGAUUAGUUUUUUUUUCUUGAACAACAAAAUAAAUAUUUAAAACAAAAAACUAAUAAAUUAAGUAAAUCGAAUAUAGUAUAGACUUCCAUGUGCAAUUUUUGUUGACAAUAUAAUGCUUAGGCUUCGGUUAUUGUUUAUAUUAGUAAUUUUUUUUGUAAUUCAUAACCCAUAAAUGUAGUUAGUUAUCCCCAUCUCUGAUUCAUGUAAAAUACAUAGGUUAAAAGGACCUUUUCACUCAUCAUUCAAAAUGUGUAGCCGAACCUUAAAAAAAAAAUCAACCCCCCUAAUCGGAAUUAAUGUGUACUCUAAAGUGUAAUAUAUAUAUAAACCUACUUAUAAAUAUAUAUAUAUAAUAUUAUAUAUACACCCUAAACUAUAAGAUAAAAUACUAUAUAUAUAUAAAUAAAAUAUGCAUAAGUGUUUGUACAGAAUUCAUUUUUAAAAUAAUUUAUGUAGUAUUUUUUUUAAAUUUUUUAUUUCAAAAAAUAUUUGAUUUUGAACGUUUUUUUGUUUAAAAAAGACGUGACAUAUACUUAAAAUAAUAUUUUUAAUUCAUCAAACUAAAAUAAAAUAAAAAAACAGUUUUUUAAACUUUUGGACUGAUAAAUAUAAAGAAAAAAUUUAAAAUUAGAGAAGUUAAGAGAAUAAUUAAAAACAAAAAAAAGAUCUUUCGGUAAGAAUUUGUUUAGUUCCAUUUCACUGAUAUUUAUAUUGUUCUUUAUUUUAUCGUUCAUUUAAAAAACGACCGACGGUACACACUAACAUGUGUUCUUAAAUAUUUUAGUUCGUCAUUGAUUUAUUUUUUUAAAUAUAAUUAAAUAUGAUACCAUUUAUUAUUUGUUUUCCGUUUUUUUAAAACCAAUCGAAUUCAUAAUAUUUUUUGUUUUAAAUAUCGAAAGGACUGAUAGGUUAGAAUGUCUCAUUUCAUUAAUUAAAAAAAACUAAAACAUUUAAAUCGGCAAAAUUUUAUUUCCAUUUUAAUUUUUGUAAGAAAAAAACUUAAUAAAAAAAUAUUUUUAAAAAAACUAAAACAAAAGAAAACUUCCCGAAUUAUGUAAAAUAAUUAAAAAAUUAAAAGAGAAACGAAUUGUGAUCAUGACUAUAAUUGGCAUUAAUAUUUAGGCAAAAAAAAGACUAAAAAUAUACAAAAAUAUAAAAAUUAAUUAAAUCAUAUAUUUAAAAACAAACAAAAAAAAACAAAAACCAAAAACCCAAUGGAUAAAAAAUCAAAAAAGAAAAAUAUUUUUUUCUUAAUUUGCGCAAAUUUUCUUUAUUAAUUUGUUUUUUUUUUCUUAGUAGAUUUUUCUUUUUAAACAAGUUUUGCUAAGCAAUUUGUGAUUGUCCUAAGACUGAAUUUUUCUCCCUGCGUCCCCCUGUUUUCUUUGAUUUUAUGUCGAAACUUGAAAAAAUCAAAAUUUUUGCAUAUAAAUCCCUAAUUUUGUUUAACAAAAAUAAUAAAAAAAAAAGAAAUGAAAAAUAAUUAAGAAUUAAUUCGAAAUUGAAUUUAUCAGGCGAAGAAAAUUAAAAGAGAGAGUUAAGAAUGAAUGAGAAUUCGUAUUAUAUUAUACACUAGAAAUAGUAGACAUAAACAUUUUUAUAUGUUUUAUAUUUAUAUAAUUUUUUU